AUGGGAGAAGCACUUCAUUCUGGCUCCGUUGAGCACUUAUCGGACAAAAUGGAGAAACCGCUGCUGGACGAUCGAUUGUACCGGGUGAUCCAUUUGCCCAAUCACCUGGAGAUUCUUUUGAUCCACGAUCCAGACACCGACAAAGCUGCUGCUGCCAUGGAUGUCAACUUUGGUAGCUUCAGUGACCCGCAUGAUCUGCCAGGGACCGCACAUGCGGUAGAACAUUUCUGUUUCAUGGGUACGAAAAAGUAUCCGGGAGAGAACGAAUAUAGCACGUAUCUGACCAAGUAUGGUGGUAACUCUAACGCCUACACGGCCUCGACAUCAACCAAUUACUAUUUCGAAUUAUCCGCGAGCUCAACGUCUAAUUUUUCGGGCUCGUCCGCAACUGUAAAGCAAUCCAAUGUUCCAAUCGCCAAAGACAAAGCUCCUCUGUAUGGCGCUCUUGAUCGUUUUUCGCAAUUCUUCAUCCAGCCACUCUUUCUCGCGGAUACCCUCGACCGCGAGCUUCGCGCUGUAGAUUCAGAGUAUAAGAAAAAUCUUCAAAGCGACGCGUGGCGGCUUAUGCAACUGAGUCGUAGCACUUCGAGUGAUAAACAUCCCAUGAACAAUUUCGCAGCUGGCAAUUAUCAGUGCUUGCGUGAGAUUCCAGUGUCGCGGGGCGUCAAUGUUCGGAAGCGCUUCAUUGAGUUUUACAAGGCGUACUAUUCGGCCAACCGCAUGAAGCUCGUAGUUCUGGGUAGAGAGCCACUGCAGGAAUUAGAGAGCUGGGUUCAAGAGCUCUUCUCAAACGUACCGAACAAGAACCUGCACCGUUUGAGGUGGGGUGGUAUACCAGUCCUAGAUGAGCCGGAGCUCAUGACUCAAAUUUUUGUAAAGCCAGUGAUGGAGCUGAGACUUUUAAACAUUAAUUUCACGUACCCCGACGAAGAAGACCUCUUUGCCUCCCAUCCCAGUCGAUAUCUGGAACACCUGAUUGGGCAUGAGAGCCCUGGCAGUGCCAUUGCUUAUCUAAAGGAGCUAGAGAGCCCACCACUUACCUGGAUCUCAGACGAAAUGAACCGCUUGGCAGAGGUGGAGUUCAAAUUCAGGCAGAAACUCCCUCCAUCCCGAACUGUGAGCGGUCUAGCCCAGCUCAUGCAGAAAGCUUGUAUACCACGCGAGCAUUUACUGAGCCCUUCCCUCAUUCGCAAGUUUGAUCCAGAAAAUAUCGAGCGCGGCCUAUCCCAUCUGCGUCCUGAUAACUUUCGAUUCUUUGUUGUGGAUCAGCAGUUUCCGGGAGAUUGGAACGCAACUGAAAAAUGGUACGAGACUGAAUACAAGCUCGAAAAAAUUCCCGAGGGUUUCAAGCAAGAACUCUGGGCCGCAGUUCGGGCGCCGGUCACAGAGAGGCCCUCUAAAGUUCACUUGCCAGCUGUGAACGAAUUUGUUCCGCAACGAUUAGAGGUUGAGCGGAAGGAUGUCACAGAUCCAGCUCGGCAUCCUACGCUGAUUCGCCAUGACGAUAGUGUUCGUGUGUGGUUCAAAAAGGACGAUCAAUUCUGGGCACCAAAAGCCAAUAUCGAACUCUUUCUUCGGUCGCCCGUGGCCUCGGUUACUCCAAUGAAUACCAUCAUGACCCAAAUAACUGGUUUGAACUAUAGUAUAUCUGAAAGUGCACAGGGAUUAAACAUAGAAAUAGACGGUUUCAACGACAAGAUGUCGGUGCUUUUGGAGGAACCGUACCGACAAAUCAAUGCCUUCUCGCGCAUGUUGAUCAGCGAAAGAUCUUGGGCUCCCUUUGAAAUGCUCGAGGAGCUUCCGGCAGUGACAGCUGAGGAUCUGCGCUCAUACUCUCCCGAACUGCUGCGACAGAUGUAUAUUGAGAUUCUCGUCCACGGCAACUUGCAUAGAGAAGACGCGCUAAGCAUUGCAAAACUUGUGGAAUCAACACUCCGCCCACAUCGAUUACCAGAAGCUCAGUGGCCGCCACGCCGCGCGAUUGCGCUGCCAAGCGGUGUAAACUACCUAUAUGAGCGAGUACUAAAGAACCCGGAUAACGUCAAUCAUUGUCUCGAGUAUAUCAUCUCGGUCGGCUCUAUCUCGGAUCGUGUGCAACGAGCCAAGUUGCUACUUUUUGCCCAGAUUGCCAAUGAGCCGUGCUUUAACACACUUCGUACAAAAGAGCAGCUCGGUUAUAUCGUCAACUCGGAUGCAAGCGUCUAUGCAACUGUCGGUACAUGGUGCAUCAUCGUACAGAGCGAGAGGAAUUGCAAGUAUCUCGAAGAGCGUUGUGAUGCAUUUUUGGUGAAGCUUGAGCAGGAUUUACGCGCAAUGACCGACGAGACGUUUGAGGAACAUAAGAUCGGUCUGAUUAACAAACGCUUGGAGAAAUUGAAGAAUUUGGGUCAAGAAGCGUUGCGCUUCUGGAAUCAUAUUACAAGUGAGGUGUUUGACUUUGAGCAAGCAGCAGAAGACAGAGCCGCCGCUGAAAAUAACACUAACGCUUCAACGUUCAAUGCAGAGCAAGAAAUUAUGGCAGUCAAUGAACAUGAGGCUUCAGUGUCCAGCGUGAAAAUUCCCGUUAAGAUUGAAGAUUUCAAAGCAUGGAAGGCAAGUCUAUGCCUUUCAGCGGCUGCAACUCCGGUAAAGAGCCUAAGUGAAUUCGAUGACUUUGGAUCGACGUUAUGA